GCAUAGCUUCUGCAUCGAGCAUAGCGGCCAUAUUAACCGGUUGACAGCUCGGUACCUCCGUCGUUUCUUUCAAGAUUUGUCGUCUAAAAGCGACUUCUAAAACUUGGAUACUUAGAUUAUAAUCUAGAUCACAAUGAACAUCUUCCGACUGUUGGGAGACCUUUCUCACCUCCUAGCUAUUGUCAUUCUUCUGUUGAAGAUAUGGAAGACCCGCUCGUGUGCAGGUAUUUCGGGUAAAUCCCAAUUUCUUUUUGCCUUGGUCUACACCACCAGAUACUUGGAUUUGUUGACAAAUUUUGUCUCGCUAUACAACACUUUCAUGAAGGUGGUAUUCAUCGCUACAUCUUACGGCACCCUUUAUUUAAUGUAUGUUAAAUUUAGAGCUACUUAUGACCGAAACCAUGACACAUUCAGAGUGGAACUCUUGCUGAUUCCUGUUGCUGCUUUGGCUCUGCUCUUCAACCAUGAGUUUUCUGUCAUGGAAGUGCUCUGGGCUUUCUCUAUUUAUCUAGAAGCUGUCGCCAUUUUGCCACAACUGUUUAUGGUGUCCAAGACCGGAGAAGCUGAAUCUAUCACUUCACAUUACUUGUUUGCUUUGGGCUCCUACCGUGCCCUUUACAUCUUCAACUGGAUCUACCGCUAUUAUAGUGAAAGCUUCCAAGAUUGGAUUGCAGUUGUAGCUGGCAUUGUUCAAACUAUCCUGUAUUGCGAUUUCUUCUACCUCUACAUCACCAAAGUUCUCAAAGGAAAGAAACUGCAACUCCCAGCAUAAACAAAACAAAUAUAUUGUCUUCAUUAUCACCGAGAAUUUGCUGGCAAACUGUCACGCCACAAGAAUUAAUGGAGAUGAGAAGAAAACAAGUGUGUAUGUGUGUGUGUUACAGGAAGAUUGGCCUUUUAAAAAUUUCCUUUCCGCGUUCA